CUAUUCGCCAUCAAAAUGGCGUCAUCGAAGGAAACUUAUUGUUUGUGUGGUCAACCAUAUAAUGUUGGACAAUUUAUGAUAGAGUGUGACUGCUGCAGAGAAUGGUUUCAUGGAAGUUGUGUAAAUGUAAAAAUAUAUCAUUCAGAUGAUAUAGACAAGUAUCACUGUCCAAAAUGUGACCCAACAUAUGGCCCUUCUAUCUCAAGAAUCCCAACAAAUAAUCACAGAGCAGAUCGUUAUGAAAUUGGAGCUGAAACUCGACCUUCCCAAGCUGGGACUCCAGCAUGGGUGCGAGCAUUGGCGGCCAGGCCAUUGAGACCAACACAAGCCGCCUUACAGAGAAUCCGUCCUGAACAGUUUACCGAAGAAUUUGUACAGGAUAAUGGAUUCACUAGACCUAUCAUGUUUCACAGUAAUGAGGGAUUGGACAUGAAAGUCCCGAAUUCUGCAUCAUUUAACGUCAGAUCAGUUUUAAGAUUCUGUGGUGCACAAUUGGAGGUGGAAGUGAUAGAUGUAAGAAAACAGUCAACCCUCAGAAUGCCACUUUCGGAUUUUGUAGAGUACUUUGAGACACCUCCGGAACACAGGGACGAUAAAGUAUUGAAUGUACUUAGUUUGGAGUUUAGUGAAACGAACAUGUCGCCACUAGUAGAGCCUCCAGGUUUAGCCCGCCGUCUGGAUUGGGCAGAACGGGUUUGGGCGGGCGGCGCUCCUGAAGGCCGGCCCAAACCAGCUGUACAGAAAUACUGCCUUAUGUCAGCGGGUGGAUCAUAUACGGAUUACCAUGUGGACUUUGGUGGUACCACUGUUUGGUACCAUGUAUUGCACGGGAGAAAGAUAUUCUACUUGGUACCCCCGACAUCAACCAAUUUAGCACUUUAUCAACAAUGGAGUGCUGCAAAUAAUCAAAAUGAGAAGUUCUUCGGUGAUAUGGUGGAAUGGUACGGAACUGCAGAAUUAUGUGCCGGUGAAACAUUAUUUAUCCCGUCUGGAUGGAUACAUGCUGUAUACACUCCAUGUGAUUCACUCGUGUUUGGGGGAAAUUUAUUGCAUUCGUAUGCCAUUGAAAUGCAGUUGCAGAUAUAUGAAAUAGAGAGCCGCGUAGAAACGCCGACAAUGUUCCGGUAUCCAUUGUUCGAGGCAAUGCAUUGGUACGCUGGAGCUCAUUUAUUGGCGAUGCUGAGGAGACAUAAUGAAGAAACACAGGACGAAGACUUUACGCUAAGUGAAAGCUAUAUUCCACCACCACAAGCUGAUUUACCUCCAUUAUUACUGCGCGGGAUAAAGAUAUUGUCAAAUGCACUUAAGGAAUGGCACGCUUUAAAAAGUACGGACACUGCGAAGCGUGACAAUGUUCCGAAAUGUCUUAAUUCUGGACAACUUGUUAGGGAAUUGUGUAAAGAAUUACGGUUAUUGGAAAAACGAAACGGGAAUAGUAAGGAUAAGGAUAGCAAAAUUAAAAACACAUCGCCCACAAAACCAACUAAUAGGAAGCAGCAGAAUACUCAAAAGAAAUCGUUAAAACUAACUCUUCCCAAACCAAUAAUGCAUAUGACUCCAAACACACAAAAUGGCGACUAUAUAGAAGAAAAAUUAUAUGCGGACAAAUUCUAUAUUGAUAACAAAGAGGUCACAUUCACGGACAGAUAUUCCACAGAUAUAAAAUAUGUAGCCGAUGCAAAAUACGUCAACGAUGUCAAGUACGUAAAUAGUGACGUGAAGUACGUAGUUGAAAAGGAAGUUCCCGAGAAGUUUUAUCAAAACUUUGAGGUUGCUUACCAGGAUAAUGGCUAUGAAGAAAGACAAGAGAAGAAAAACUUGAAGGUUAAAGUAUCCCCAUCAUCAUCACAAGAGCCUCCACCAUACAGCCUUCCUGAACAUUCAAUACUCAAGUCUCACUUGAUCCGGUCUGAUCGACUCAAGCCGAUACAACAAUGGACCAUUUCAAAGAAAGACAUCGGAGAUUAUCACGAAGAAGUGUUGUAUACUAAUGAGAAUCUUCAAGCCAACGUACGGUUAGAGGGACCGGAGAUCAGCUAUGGACCUGGUAUGUACUCAGCAGAGGAUAUUCAACAAGACUACCAAUACUCAGAAACGGCUAAACCCGGCUCAUAUCAGCAGUAUGGAAUACAACCGGCCACUGAAAUUGCAUAUGAAACCUAUCAGCGGUAUACAGAUGUCGUCCCAGCGCAUCAGGGCGCGGCGUAUAGUACGUCAAGUACGCAAUCAAACGGCGUAUACGUACCAACGCCCGCGCACACGCAACUGCCUUCGUACGAGACGGCGAUCGCACAUCAGUACCAAUACGUAAUACAAGAACCAAAAGCACCAGAAAACACUCCCGCAACGCCAGUUCGUCGGUCAGAAAGGGCUGUAAGGCGGAGAAUGUCAAAUACGUACGAAUACGAAGAUGGGGAUUUGUAUGUGGAUGAACCGGCUCCAGCGAGGAGGAGGCCGGCUAAACAUAAACAUAGUCAUAGACAACAUUCAGCGGGUGCAUACAGAUCUCGACCAGCCCCAGUCAAUGGUAUAGAGUCUCUCAUUCAGGCGUCUGUACUGGCAGAAGGCGAACAGCCGGUCACCGAUACUGAAGACGCAGCGGUAGCGGGAAUGCUUAGCAUCAGCGAACGAUUCGAAGCGCAAGCGCCGAGGUCCUUUGACGCAGAGACUCCGGAACGGCCGAGCCCCAACGAGAGAUUGGCUGAGAGUUCCAGUACGCCAACAAGUAGUAAACGACCACGUAAGACGACAACCUUUAGUGCCGAUGAGGACUUCGAUGAUGAAGAGGAUAUUAUCAAAGAAGUCCAUAGAGAUGAGGAGUAUGUAUAUCCAUCGUUAGAGAUGAGUUCUGAUGAAGACGACGAUUGGACGACGACGCGUCGGCGGAGGACUUCAAAAAAUAGGAGUGAUAACAAAGCGAAGAGCGAAAAGGAUGAAUCUUGGUCACCUCGCGCCCGUUUAGGUCGUUUAGUCCCACGUCUACGUGGCCCCGCCCGUUCGGCCGUACGACGCGAGUGCGUACGCGCAGCUUUACACGCGGCUUCGCAAGCCAAUACCGCAGUCGAUAAGGUGCCUUUGAAUCCAAAGCGUGCAGUGCUUGCGACUAAGAGCCGUAGGCCUCCACCGCCUGUACAUAAUCCAGUUAAUAACAAAAAUCUAAGACUGAAAAAGGGUAUGAAGACGGCGAAGCAACGUCUCGGUAAAAUAUUAAAAAUACACAAAAUGAUAUAUUAGAUUGUAUAUUUAGUAAAUAAUAGUUUAAUUUCUAGAUAUAUGUAAGAUAUAUUUUAUAUAUGUAUCGGACCAAUCGGUGUUGUGUCAGUAAGUAACACUGAUUUUCGUUUUUCUUUCAAUUUUGGCUUCAGUAAAAGUUAUUGAAACGUGUGCAAUAUUGCUCGUACUUUUUAUAUUUUUCUAUACUACCGCCAUUAUUCGUAAUUUUUAGGUUAAAUUUGAGCUCGUAUUUCAAAAUGUUAAAUUCAGGGUAACGUUAAUGUCAAAAACGUAAUGGAUUUUGACAUACAUAGUUCGCUUUUGACGCUUAAAUAUACGCUUUACUAGUAAUUAGAAAAUAUAUCUCUAGAUACGAAUGUGUACGAAGUAUCGGAAAUGAUCCAAUCUGAUAAAUUUGGGGCUAACUGCUUCAGCGUGUGACUCUCAGGACGUAAGCGUGUGUCAGGCACAGAAGGCUGAGUCGUUACCUAUUAGAAAAAAACACAAAUCUGAGGCCCAGACCUAAAAAGGUUCUAAUACGACUGCCUUUUUUAAUCCCUUAAUAAAGUUGUAUCCAAAAUUAGCUUUUGAAAUACGGGUUAUCAAAUUAUAAAAAGAUCUGAUAUUUUAAGUUAUACGAAAAGUGGGACUUGAUUCUCAUAUUUUAUUUAUUUGUUUACAAAAUAGUUCGAAAGUAACAAAAUUUUCUUUUUUAUUCCGACUCGAAGGACCAAAACUGUUUGUUAGCAAAUAUGAAGUUUUAGAAUCGUUGCAAUACUAUAGAAGUAAAAUAAGGAGAAUCGAGUCACUGAACUUGUUUUGGUUCGGCCAAUAAUAUAUACAAUUGAAAUUAAUUCUAUUUAUUUGUAUUCUAAGUUGGUAUUUGUAUUAAAUAAUUAUUUUGUAUUGAAAUUUCAAUGACUGAGCUGAUAUAAGCGUAACGUAAAAAAGGUCUAUUAUGGAAUUAUUUAUCCCUCGAAUCAGUCCAUCAGUCUUGUGCUAUUUGUAAUAUUUUCCUCCGGGAAUCGAACCUAGAACCGCGCUUCAAUUGAAGUGGCUAACUUUUUGAGUUAGUCUAGGGUGCCCAAUAUCUUAUCUAGGUUACCAGUAGCUAUUACGAGUCGUAGAUAAUGCGUUUUUAUACGACUCGUAAAAAUUACGAAUGGUUGUUGAUAGAAAAGCGCCUUUACCACCGAAAAUGCGUAAUGUUAAGUAUUUUAAGUGUUAAGUUCGUUCUUUUGUUAAUUUUGUUAGCUACAACGACUGUUUUGCGAAUUUACAAUAACACGUAAUAUAUAUUUCCAAAUCUACUUAGUAUUGCUGGUGUGGGCUGAUGUGCACGUGGGUUGAUCCAUGCCGCACGCUUGCGGUUGAUACUUUAAAUUAUUAGGCUUAAUUUCAAUAAUUUGUGAAGUUAUACUUAUUUGGUCGCGCUAGCGAAAGAUGAUGAGAGUAAAUUUUUACGAUACCCGCGCACAUCGUCACAAAAAACGGACACCCUGAAUGAUGUUCAAACGUCGGUAAAACAGUCUGGAUCGCUAGUUGCCGCUUGCUCUGAUUUAUCGACAAGGUGCAUAUUUAAACCAAAAUAAUCAUUUCUAUACGACAAACCCGUUCCAAUGUAAUAAGAAACAUAGUGUUUUUUGUAUUUUACAAUUAUUUUCAUGAUUAGUAGCUAUUAUAUCGGAAGUGACCAUUAAAAUGGAUAAGAAAAAUUC